GCUCAUCCACAUUACUUCAACCAAUUGUCUUGUGGUCUGGAUAUCGUGUCCUUAGCUGGAGAAUGGCUCACAGCCGCCGCUAAUACUAAUAUGUUCACAUAUGAAAUCGCGCCGGUAUUCAUACUAAUGGAACAUCAAGUUCUCAAAAAGAUGAGAGACAUUAUUGGCUUCACUAACGGAGAUUCAAUCUUAUGCCCGGGUGGUGCGAUAUCCAAUUUGUAUGCCGUUAUCGUUGCCCGACAUAAGCUGUUUCCAGAAUAUAAGACAAAAGGUCUAAAAGCUUUGCCACAACUGGUUCUCUUCACAUCGGAUCACAGCCAUUACUCGACUAAAAGCGCGGGUUCUGUCUGUGGGUUCGGCACCAAUAAUGUCAUCGAAGUUCCCUGUGAUGACAAAGGACGAAUGAUUCCGAUGCAAUUGGAAAGGCUGGUGAGCGAGUCCAUAGCACGGGGUGACACUCCAUUCUUUGUCAACUGCACGUGUGGUACAACUGUUCUUGGUGCUUUCGAUCCCAUCAAUCCUAUUGCUGAUAUCUGUGAAAAAUACAAUCUCUGGCUUCAUAUCGAUGCCGCGUGGGGAGGGGGAUGUCUGCUCUCUCGAAAGCACAGACACAAACUGAAUGGCAUCACAAGAGCACAUUCUGUCACUUGGAAUCCACACAAACUGAUGAGCGCUUUACUCCAGUGCUCGACCGUUCACUUCAAAGAAAAUGGUCUAUUACUUGAUGCCAACCAAAUGUGUGCGGACUACCUGUUCCAACAGGACAAACACUAUGAUGUCAGCUAUGAUACGGGAGACAAAGUGAUUCAAUGCGGGCGACACAAUGACAUAUUUAAGUUGUGGAUAAUGUGGAGAUCAAAAGGAAUGGAAGGUUAUGAGCACCAUAUCGACCAUUUAUUUGAUAUGACUGAAUAUAUGGUGUCAAAACUCAAAGAAAGCGGCGAUAAAUUUUAUUUGAUUGUACCCGAGCCUGAAUGUGUUAAUAUAAGCUUCUGGUACGUCCCCACACGACUCAGGAAUACACUUCACAAUAAGCAAAGAGAGCAAGAAUUGGGACGGAUAACUCCAAUACUGAAGGGCCGGAUGAUGAAUGAGGGAACUCUUAUGAUAGGUUACCAACCAGUGGGAGAUAUUCCCAAUUUCUUCAGGAAUAUUAUAUCUAAUCCCGGCGUCCAAACCAAAGACAUCGACCACUUAAUCGCUGAGUUGGACCGUUUAGGUCACGAUCUCUAAUAUU